AUGGCGACCAACCCACAAGCAUUCUACUGCCUGUGGCAGAACGAGAACAUCCGCGAGAGGCUCUUCGAGCUCCUGUCCAAGCAGGACAUCUGCGCGGUCAGACUGGCCAACUCGGCCUGUUGCAACCUGGUCACCAAGCGGCUUUUCCUUCGAACCCACUUGACCUUCACGGCGAACAGCUUCACGAAGGCUAGCAGGCUGGACGCCCUCUCGCGCAUCGGCCACCACAUCGAGCACCUGACCUUCUACUUCCCUCAUUCCAACGCCACCUUCCUGCCUCCGCUGAUCCACCCGCAGUCAGGGGAAGAGAUCUCCUUCAUGUAUAGCCCGCCCACGUCUGCCAAAGCCGUCCUGACGAGACGGAAGUAUGGCAACUCGGAGUUGGGCGAGAUCCUGACCCAGCAAUACCCGCCCCUUUUCCACGCCGCUACGCAUGUGCCCUCCUUCAUUAGCGCAAUGGAGCAGAUGACCAACAUGCGGCAUCUCACCAUCAAGACGCCCGGACAGGACCCCAGGGAGCGAUAUCGCCGGAGCAUUGUCGACUACGCGCUGAUCAGCUUGCGCAUCUCACUGGAGCGCGCGCCCCUCACGAAGCUAUCGAAGCUCUCGCUGUCGGGGGUCCAUCCGUCUGCGUUUCAGUACCUCCGCCAUGUCCCGGGCAUGGGCGCAUCUCCGUCCGCGGCACUGCGCUGGCGCCAGAUUCGGAAACUAUAUAUCUCGGCCGAGUCAUGGGACUUCUACGGCCCUUCGCCCGGCCUGGACCAGCUCAGGAUCAUCGAAGACUACAUCCGAGCCUUUGCACCCCAGCUCGACAAGUUCUCCUUCACCUGGCUCGGUCGCAGGGGCCCAUGCCCCAUUGCCCUGUCCGACGACCCGCUCUUUGCUCCGCCGCGGAGCAGCAAGAAGCUCUUCAACGAGGUCACCAGCCCCAUGUCUCCCCUGCCGCCGCGGCCGUCGCCCAGGAUGUUGGCCAUGCCCCGUCUCCGGUCCAUGUCGGUGCGCAAUGCAACCAUGAACGUCCAGCAGCUGCGCGUCCUCGUUGCGAGCCACAAGCACACGGUGCGCGAAUUCGAUUUCGAGAACGUGGCGCUCAUCCGCGGCGGCAGCUGGGACGAGGCGCUCGCUCCGCUGACGGAGAACGGGAGCAGCGACGCCUGGUCGCGCCAUUCCGUGGGUGCCAGCGAUAGCAGGCCCGGCACGGCGCGCUCCAAUUCGUCCGGGUCCGCAGUGGUUAGCUCCGUCGACGACGAGCAGCUCCCAGCCUCGUCGGCCGCCGCCGAGGCGGCGAGCCGGGAGCUGUUUGAAGUCGACUUGGAGGGUAUGGUGUUCGGCGGCGCGAACGACGUCGAGGCGUUCGAGGCUGGCGUCGAGGAGUGGGCGCGCGGCGUUAGUGCUGCCGCGCAGCAGAGCAGCCGGCCCAACUCCUCCGGAGACAAGACAGAAGACGACGGCGGCUUGGCGUCUGAUAUCGAGGCCGCGAAACAGGCGAGCCAAGGGUUUACCACCAAGCUGAAGAAGCGGCGCAUCCGCAGAAAAUCGCGGAAACACAAUGGAGAAGAAGCCGUCGAAGAGGAAGGCCGGCGCAGCAGGGACGACCGGGUGAGCGAGCGCCGCAGCGACACCCACAGUCACCACAGCCAUCACAGCCAUCACAGCAGGAGUCACCACAAACAUUCUCGCAGCGAAGACACCAGUGACCGGCUCUCUAGCAGGGAUUCUCAUAGGCGACACGGGCGCCACCGCCGGCACCACUCAGAGGAGAUGGUGGAGAUCCCGUUCAUGCCCGAAGUCAUCGGCACAGAUGACGAGGCUUACCAGCCACCGGCGACGCCGCGGCCCAAGAUGGACAUCAGCGUGCCCAUCCUGAACCCGGAGCCGCUGCCCGUGAUGCUGCAACCGACGGUAUACGACCCGUCAGCUAGACACGGCCCGCUGACGAGAACGCCGGACGCGUCGCCGUCGUCUGACGACGGGCUCUCCUCGGCCCAGCGCUCCAUCGAAGCCGACCUGCUCGCCGAGGCCGAAGAGGCCGCGGCGCGGGCCUCGGCCCUCAAGCGCGCCAAGGAAGCGGUCAUCACCAAGCUCUCCCGCGAGUUCUCCAAGCGCAAGGCCGACGGGAGCGACGCGCGCAACAAGGAAUCGGCCGCCGCCGCCGCCGUCGCGGCCGGGCUGUCGGCGCUCAGCUUCGGCAUGAACCUGCCCGCGCAUCACAACCACCACCACCACCACCACCACCCCCGCGGCCUGAGCUGCGCCUCGUCAUCAAGCGUGGCCUACCGCCUCCGCGAGGGCUUGUUCGGGCGCAGCAUGGCCCAUGUUGCCGUCGCGCCCGACCACCGCAGCCUGGAGAGCCAGAGCGCGUUGGUGCCGCUGAUAUUAAGUCGGUCCUAG